AUGCAGAAACUUGCAGAGAAGUUUCCUCAGGUGUCCGAGAAGCUCGAUGGAGGAUAUGAUGAACUAAAGAACAUGGCAGAGAAGAGGGGACCUGAAGCGAAGAAGAUUUUUGACGAUACAGCGCGUCAGGUGAAAGACAUAUUCUCGAAGGGCUUCAGCCCAGAGCGCCUCAACGAAGCAAAAGAGUUGAUUGAAUCCAAGACCGAGGCUCUCCGAAAACUCACCGAGGCAUCCUCCCAAGAUGCGUGGAAUAAGGCCGUACAGCAGGCUGACCCCUACCUUGACAAGCUGCCCGGAAUCACGCAGCUGCUUAAUGAGAAUGCGGGCAAAUUCAUCGCAGCAGACUCUGGGGGCAGUACCGCCGCGCAAGAAGUGCUAGCGCGUGUGCGUGAGGCGGCGGAAGCCGGUGUCAAUGGCAACGAGGAGAAGAUGCGCGAGCUGAGGAAUUUUGUGUUGGAGAGAGCUAGCCAGGCGGAGAACGACGGAAAGGGCUCAGUCGAAGAAGGGUGGGAUAUACGCCAGCAGUGGAUCAAGAGAGUACCGGGUGGAGAAGAUGUAUGUUUCCCUCUUCGAGAUGCGCUUUGCAAUGGGGCAUGA